UUUGAUGUACAUGUGAAGACAAAAGAAUGGCCUAAAGAACUAGAUGAGCGCUUAGGGUAUGAUUUGUGUGCAGAGGAACAAGAUUUCCUAAGGAAGAGAAAGAAAUAUGUUGCUGCUGCCCUCAAGAAGACUCUUGGGAGGAAAGAACUGAAAGAUGAUGAGGUACCAGUAUUAGCAGUAAUGACAACUGGUGGUGGAACCAGAUCCUUUACAGCAAUGUAUGGAAGCCUUCUGGGUUUGCAGAAACUGAAUCUGUUAGACUGUAUUACAUACCUUACGGGUUUAUCUGGCACAACAUGGACCAUGUGUAAAUUAUAUGAAGAUCCUGACUGGUCACAGAAGUACCUGGAAGAAGCCAUUAACAAAGCCCGAAGACAAGUGAUCAAAUCUAAAUUUAACUGUUUUUCCCCUGAUAAACUGAAGUAUUAUUAUGAUGAGCUUAGUCAAAAAAUCAAAGAAGGACAUAGCACUUCCUUUAUAGACCUCUGGGGCCUCAUCAUUGAGUCCAUGUUUCAUGAUGAGAAAGACAAUCACACCCUUUCUGAUCAGCGCAUGGCCUUGAAUGAAGGUCAGAAUCCUUUCCCUAUUUACUUGGCAGUGAACCUAAAAGACAACUACAGUGCUCAAGAUUUUAAAGAAUGGUUAGAAUUCACUCCUUAUGAGGUGGGAAGUAUGAAAUAUGGUGCCUAUAUUCGUUCAGAAGACUUUGGGAAUGAAUUUUUCAUGGGACGACUGAUGAAGAAGUUCCCAGAAAUUCGGAUCUGCUUCAUGCAAGGUAUGUGGAGCAGUAUCUUUUCUUUGGAUUUAAUCUAUUUCUGGAAUGUAGCUAAUGACUCAGAAGAAUUCUGGUAUAUGUGGACAAGAGACAGAAUACAAGACAUUGGUAAGAACCUGGACCAGUUUUCAAAAUAUGCCUCUGAACUGGGAGUCCCAUUCCCUAAAACAGAGAUAAGUGAGGAAGACAAAAACAACCUGAAGGAGUGUUACGUUUUUGAAGACACAGAAAACACAGCUGCUCCUUUAGUCCUAUUUUUCCCCCUGACUAAUGAUACUUUCAAAGCAUUUGAAGCACCUGGUGUGGAACGUUUGCCUACUAAUAUGGAAGAGGGCAAUGUGGAUGUCUCCAGCUUCUUUUCCCCAUUUGGUACAAGGGAGGUGAGCUUCUCAGAGGACAAUUUUGACAAACUGGUGAAAUUAGCAGAAUACAACAUUCUCAACAAUGAAGACAAGAUCAUUGAAGCCUUUCAUGCUGCAGUGCAGAGGAAAAAAUAUCAGAAGAACCAGAAGUAA